AUGUCAAGUAAAGAAAGUAUUGAAAGUUUAUGUUUGUAUGCUGAUCAUGUGUUUGGAUAUGAUAAUUGGUCACAUGAGAUUAAAUCUCAAACUAUAGAUAAUAAAUCAAGAAAGUGUUACAUUGAAUGCUCUACAAUAGUUAGAAUUUCUUUUAGAGAUGGAAGAUUCCACGAAGGGAUCGGCAGCUACGAAGAGAUUGAUAAUGAAGCUGGUUUUGCAGAAAUUAGAAAGAAAUCAUUAAUUAAUGGAAAUUUCAAUGUUUUGUUCUGUUUCCAAGAGAUCAGAACUUAUUUACAAAGUAAAAAUAAUGAAAGAAUAAUUCGCUUAAUGAAACAUGAGGAAAAACAAAGACAAUGGAAAUUAAAACGAGAGACUGAACAGAAGAUAGGACCAGCACAAGAAGAGGAACAGAAGACAGGGGCAGAAAAAGAGGAACAGAAGACAGGGGCAAAAAAAGAGGAACAGAAGACAGGGGCAGAAGAAGAGAAGACGGAGACACUUGGUGGCGACGAGGAACCGGUGGGAGAAAAAGAAAAAAAAGAAGACAGAUCUUAA